AUGAUUCAAGGGAGUAUGAUGAUUGACUUGGGCAAAAUCGUUGAUAAAUUGGAUGACUACUCGGCCGAUUACAAAGGAAUAAUACUGUAUGGCAGUAAUGGAAAUGUCUGUUCCGGGAGCGACAUGAAAAUUAAAAAGGAAAUGCACAACCCGGUCAUGGGGUAUGCGAUGUCUACGUACAUGGAAUACGUCUUAAACAAGUUCAGAAGUCUUCCAAUGACUACUAUCGCAUAUAUAGAUGGCUCAGGUAUAAUAGCAAUAAUAAAUAAAUAUGUUUUUGUAAAUGUGAUAUUGGUCGUCCACGAGAACUCGACAAAUGCAUUAACUUUUGUUCUAUUCAAUAUUUUUGAUGUAUGUAUUUAAAAAUUCAAAAAAACCACCCACUUCAUAAACUUUUGUGUCUUCAUUUUACUACAUCAAAAAACUAAAAAGUAUAACUUUUGAAUAUUUUAAUACGUUCCACCUUAGAUCAUGUUCAAUGGAUAGAGCUAUAAGAAAUAAAACUUGUCGCCAUCAUAAUUUCAAGAGGGCAUCCUACUUUUGCGCAUGCCUGAAGUACUGUAAUCAGUCUUAUCACAAAAUACCUAAUAAAAUAUCACAGAGUUGUAAUACAUUACCUUCGAUCAUAUACCUACUAGGUACUAAUAGUAUAAAGUAUAUAAUAGAGUUAGAAGUAUAUAACUCUAUAUAACUCUAUGUAUACAUCUGAAUAUCCAAUACUUAAAGGUUUUAAUGGUAUAAUGAAUAGGGCGACUCAUGCACAGUAGCUACACGCCCUCUUGAUAUGUUAGCGACACACUCGUUUCACAUGAGCUAUAGUCAUAGCUCUACCCAUUGUAUAUGAUCUGAGUAUUCUAUCCAACUAUCCCAAAUCAAACUUAUUGGGAACAUCCACCCGCCCAAAAUGAUCCGCUCUCCUAGCUGAAGCUAAAACAAAAAAAAAAUAAUUUACUAAUUACUUAGUUCAAUAAUUAUAUUAUAAUACUAAUUACCAAUGUUGUAGUUUUAAUAUAAAAGCAAUAUGCGAAAAUGACUAUUUAUAAAAUUGUUAUUGUUAUACAUUUUUAGAAGUGUCUUAAUAGUAAAGUCCCAAGAAGUUCUUGAUGCACGAGCUCAAAAAUUAAGAUAAAUUGAUAUAAUUUUAUAAAUUCAAUGUUUUAAUCAACCAUAUAUAAUAUACUAUAAUUUAAUAUGUGUUGUUUUUUUAUAUAGGAAAUAUUAUUUUUUAUUACUUUUUAUAUCCCCCCUCCCCAAUAAAACAUCUUGAAAACGACUCCGGUGUUGUUGUUCUAAAGCACGGUUCACACGAUAAAAUAUUUGGCGAAGGCUAAACUUUGAACAUUUGUCUAAAAAAUAGUUCAGACGAUUAAAUAUUUGAUCAAUUUAUCUAAAACUAAAACUCCGUAGUGAUUGGUCAAAUAUAACAGCUAUUUUACUCGCGAAAAUUUAAGUUGUACAAUUAUCAUAAGUCCUAAACACGACGUAGACAAAAUAUUAACAACAUGAUACUAUAAAAAUAAUUUAUUGUAAUAUAAUUUCGUUAAAACAUAUAAUUGAUUAGUAUAUUCUUACUUUAUGGUAUAUAUUAGAUAUAGUUUACAUAUAUAAAUUAUAGCUACAAUAUAAGUUACGACCGUGAAAAAUUAAUACAAUUAUAUGAAAUAUGGAAACUAAGGAAAUAGUUCAAAAACGAACUUCAAGGUUAUAAAAUAAGUAAUUAUAUGUAUUAAGUAUCUAUGUUAAUUGUCUAUGUAGUAUGCAUAGUGUCUCGUAAGUAUUAUAUUCGGAGCAUUUUGUUUUACUAUACGAUGUGUGUGAAUUUUUCCUUUCUGUGAACAGUGAACAAUUUUUCUACUAGAAAUGCUUGAUAAUUUUACGGGAGGUUCAUUACGGUUCUUUGUGGCCUAAAAAAAUUGAGUGUAAUAUAGUUGUUUUUUAUUUUCCUAAGAGUUUCAAAAUCAAAUUUUGAUGAACAUCGUAUUUUAUUUUAAUAUAGCCCGGUCUAAAAUAUUAUUUUGUCAACAAUGUACAUUUCCAUGACAACAAUGUUUAAUUAAAAAAGAUAAAAAUAAUAAGGAUAAUAAUAAUAAAAUAAAAAACUGAAUAAUAACAAAAAAAAAAAAAAAAACGGUUGCCAGUGACAACCUUAUUUUCAAUCUUUCAAUCUUUUUUAACUUAAGGAGCCAGGUAUUUCUCAUUAUCUCAAAUAUUAAUGAGAAUUAAAAGCAAAUUAUCUAUUUAAAGUACCGUCCAGAGAACAUUUCCUUUCAGAAAAGAUGCUAUACUUGAUAAUGGGAGUAAGCCUUUUGGUAGAAAAAGUGUUCAUAAAAAAAAUAAACGUAAUUUUAAAACUAAUACAUUCCUUGCUCCGCUCAGAAUUUAAAAGCAUCCAAGGGGUUUUCAUAAUAAUUGCAAAAAACCGGAAAAAAAAAUUAUAGGAAAAAAGGCCAAUAACGGCCCUUUCAAUAGAGAUGCUCGAACUUUAAUCAGCGGUAGCGGCUAUGUUGUUUGAGCGUUAUCUGUCAAAUUUAUUGUGAACUGUUGAAUGUUCACUGUUCAAUAGUGUAUGGCAAAUCACUGUAGAAGGUUGUAGCGUUGUAAAACGUGUGCAAAUUAUUAACUUUUAUUAUCGAAAUCAGUGUUUCGUUCAAGAAACUAAAUUUCGAAUGUCGCCAAAAAAAUAAUCUUUAGCAGCGAGGCCCAUUUUUGGAUGAAUGUAUAUUUAAACAAACUUGUCGAACUUGAAACGUAAUCAAUCCGUACGAGAUAUAUCAGUACCAAAUGCAUCCCGUUUAAGUUACUGUUUUGUGCGUAUUUUGAACUGGUGGAAUAAUCUGUCCGUACUUCCUCCAAAACGAAAUAGGCAUUGUCAUAAUCGUCAACAAUGAGCGUUACAUUUCGAUGAUAACAGAUUUCUUGUGGCUUAAACUAAAUCAUCGGAUACCGAUGACAUGUGGUUCCGACAGGACAGCGUUACGGGACACACAAUGCAUACCACGAUGGGCAUUCUACGCGAGAGAUUGUGAACUUAUGAUGAGAUUGACGUUGAGUACUCAUUUUUACUAUGCCGAUUGAAUUUAGUUUAAUUGAUCCACCUUCAUCAGUUUUCAACUGAUUAUCUAAAGCCAUUACCCAUCAACCUAUUAGUGAGCUGGAUUUUAAUGUUUCGAUUUUUAUUGAUGACUUUUUUUGUUCUCUCUUCUAUUGAAAUUAUAUUUAAAUCAUCUGACUGUAACUGCUGUUGAUAUCUUGGAAAUAUUAAUUUCUUAUCGAUGUUUUAAUCAUAAUUUCUAAUAAUUUCGGAAAACAAAUGUCAAAUAGUACCUAUGUUAUAAGCUCAUAGACUAUAGACAUUUAGAAUUAAAAAUUCGAAACUAGUAUUUUUUACGAACUGCACAUAUUUUGUACAGCUGUACGUUAGCGCAAGCUCUGCAAUUUUGAAUACAUCUACAAAUUAUGGUUUAAUAAGAGUUAUCCAGAUAAAUUAAUUAUUUAUCUCGGAUAACGGCUCGUAUAUCUUAUUUCUCACUCAUUCCGAUAAGAUAAAAGAUAAAAAUAAAAGAUUAAUCCAUAUAAACUGGAUAUGACGCAUUACUGUCCGUAAUAUACUUUCCGCAUAUACGUACUUACCCGGUAGGUAAACGCGGCACCAUUGCAGUAUAUCCUCGUCCGAUCACUCGAUUAAUUACAAUAUUAAUUAUUAAUGCCAUUAUAAUAACGAAUGGCUACAGAAAUUAUCAUAAUAUUAUCUUUCUUUCCUUAGCGUAAGACGUAUACGCGUAUAUAGGUACAUACGAAAUGCAAAUGUUUUUCAUUGGAUAUUAAUGCAUUGUAAUAACAUUAUAAUAUCCGUAUACAAACUUACGCUGAUAUACAUAAAUAUCAAUAAUAUGUUAUGUUAGUUUUUAAACAUUUUUUUUUUUUUCGUGAAACGGAUUAGGUAUAUUUUGAAUAAAAUAUAUUCACAUCGCAGGGUCACUGCGACAUUAACAUAACUUAUUGCUACUAAAACUACAACUCAUUAUACAAAUUACCAGUUUGUCUGUAGGUCAACUAAUAAAAUAAACAAAUCAAAUUAUAGGCAAUCUUGUAUUCUUGUAUACCAGCUUGUGUACUAUAGUUUUUUAUGAAUACAAUCGGAAAAUUACGAGAUCGAUUACAAUAUUCUUGCAAAAAAAAAAACGAAAAAACAAUAAACUUCGCACCACGAGUAGACAACUGUUUUACGUGGGAAAUCGGAAAUGUAUACCGCCUAAAAUAAUAAUAAUAUUUACGUAUUAUAAGGUAUUAUUAUUGUAAGGUACACAAAAUAUCCUGAACUUAUCGCCCAAACCAAAACCGAUAGGUCGUGAGAAACUUGAAACAAAGGUUCACAGAGGUUUUACCACUCUAUAGUAUUAUAUAGGCUAUAUUUAUUUUAUAAGGAUUUAAAACUGUUAUGACUUAUAAAUAGUAAAUCGGUUUUUAGUGUUAUGCGUAUCGUAAUUUCCAGAAAAAUAUCCUCUAUUUGAAUUUGUGAUUUAAAAGGAAAGGUCGGCUAUCCAAAAAUCUAAAAUAGAUACUAAUUUUAGCUGUAAGGAGUAGGGGUAAACAAUUGACAAUCGUAUUAUAAUGGAAUCAACCUGUAAAUAUUAUACAAGUAUUAAAGUAUAGCAUUAAGUAUAGGCAGGGUUAUGAGUAAAAAAUACAUAUUGAAAAAUACAUUUUUUUCCAAAUAUUAGUUAUAUUUUGGUUUGGUGUGCCAUUAUAUUCCAGAAAGUCAUAUAACUGUUAUAACAAUUGCAAUUAUGGAUUAAUUUUAAAUUUUAAACCAGGGUUUCAACACGUUAUUUAUGACGGUAUAAAGAAGAAAAAUAGACAAAGUCUAUAUGCAGGAAAUAAACGAAAAAAAUCAAAUGCCAUUAAACAUAAUACAUAUGUCAUUGACCAUAAUUUAUUAAUGGUUAAUAAUAAACAAUUAACGUAACUAUAAUCUAAAAAAAUAAUUGCAAAUAAUGUUAUUCGGAAUAAUUUAAGUAUUUUUUUUUGUUAUGUCUAUACGUAAAACCUUUUACUUUAUAUAACUAUAUCAAUAUUAACGAUUCAAAGUUGGCUAACCCGUGCUAAAAAUAAAUUAUAUUUUCCGAAAUAUUUUGUUGUAGUUUUGUUUUUAAAAUAUACAAAUUAUGGUUCACUCGGAAUCAUAAACUGGGUGACAUUACUCUAGCAUUUUGGAGUGAUUCACUCCAUUUAAAUUUCGCUCCGUGUGAACUCGGCUUUAGUAUGUAUAUUAGUUUAUUCCUGUAAUCUCAUUACUUUAUCUUGUUUAUGUUCAAUUUAAUCGAUGUGGUUCGGUGUAAAGAAUAAAUAUGUCAUUUCGAAUUGUAUUAUCCCUAGUUGACAGUUGCAGAUAUUUCGUAAUUUACCUAUCCAACGCAUUGUCUUUUAUUCUAACAAUAUUCCAUCUAUUAGUCAACAGUUUAUCUUUAUUUCAUAAUACUCUAUAAUAGAUAAGUAUAUUUUAUUCACUAUAAUUAUUUAAUUUUUUUUUUUUCGUUGUUUUUAUAAUAAAAUUUCCAUAGGUACCUCCUAUUUACCUUAUUUACCUAUUUAAUUUAUAUAGGUACUGUAUUUACGAAUCCGAAUCCUUCCAAACAUCUGAGGGAAGGCAGUGAUAUAAUUAGUAAGCUGAAAUUUUGAUAUACUUAAUAAUUAUUUAUUCUUUGUGUUACUACAAAUAAAGAGAGGAUUUUAUAACUAAUAAGACCUAUUCCUGUUUUGAGUUAUUACAUAGAGACUAUCCGUUUUUACAAUAUAUUUUUGUAUUUUUCUUUUUAUUCUUUAUUUUUUGUAUUACUGCAUCGGUUAUGUGAAAAAUGAGAGUAGAAUUAAAACAAAAAUAUUGUACAAUUUCCAAUUUAUUUAUACCGUUAAAUAACGUUUAAAUACACAAUAAUACCUUAAACGUAAAAAAGAAAAUGGACUUAAAAAUUACAAUUGUGUAACAUUUAAAUAACCGAAAAUAUAAAAACGAUAAUUUUUUUUUUAAAAUUUAAGUCCUGCCUCAUAAAUGUUACAUUCGCUAUUCAAAUUGACUUUGUGCAAAUUAUCUACAAAAUAUCUACAAUGCGAACAAUUAAAACUGAUUGUAAUAUUUGAAGAUAUCGAAGGUAGAUGUUUUUAAUUCGUCGAUAACAGUUUUCAAAGAGCUACGGGCAAUUCAUUGCAGCAUUCAGUAAUCAGUAUAGAUGUUUGCCAUAGCUAUUAUUCGAGUUUUAUUUUUAUUUUUUUUCAUUUUUCAACAAAAUCAAAUAUUUCGAAAAUAUAAGUUUUCAGAAAUUUCGGGCGUAUACCAGUUGCCCUCAAAAGUAUCUUUUUUUUUUUUGUACUAAUUCUUCCUAAAACUGUCUAGAGUGAAAUACACCAGUGGUCCUUGACAUAUCAUAAUGCACGAAUAUACAAUAUACCACACCCGUCGGAAAAUAGGUGAAAUAAAUUCGUAAGUAAAUACAAUAGCAAAAAAGCAGCUCUACAAUUUCACUUUUAUGUUAUUUUUUGUCACCCUUAUUUUUGGGAGGUAAAAUCACAACUUACUUUUGAUUUUUAAACGGUAACCUAUGUUGAAAAUUCCUUUAACCGAUGGAGUCAACAUAAAUUUUGUUGUUGAAAUUUCAGAUUUCCGUCAAUCUAUUGACGAGAUAUUCCACUCAUAAAUUUCGGUCGGGAGAGAGUAGUGGAGCAUCGUUUGUGUGACGGCACGGUCCGUGGCAUUUUAAUAUUGUUUAUGGAGUUUUUAAAAUAGGUUGCCAUUUUAAAAUCAAAAGUAGGUAGUGGUUUUGCCCCCCCCCCCCCCAAAAAAAAGGGUGACAAAAAAUAACAUAAAUUUAAAAUUAUAGAGCUGCUAUAAAACAGAUUCCGAAGAAAGUUAAUACUUUCCGAGAUAACGAUUGCCUUACAGUAGAUCGAUCACUUUGUGUAGCUACUGUUUUAUACCGCAGCUGCAGUUCGCGUCGACAACGAGCGGCCGGUACAAAAAAAAAAAAAAAAAAAAAAUUAAUUAAUUAAUAAAAUAAAAAUGUCACAAAUUUCUUUUCAGCGGUUUCCGUCUGUUUUGGUCGUACGCACGUAUCGCGCCGCACGGUCUUUGACACUUCGGGUUUUCGGCGACCGUGAAUUCGACACGAACCGCGCGACUGUGCCUGCGGACGGUCUCUUGCAAUAAUAUUUAUUUAUGGCGGGUACCUGUUAUUGUGCCGGACGCGCUUUAAUCUCGAAAUCCAACAGAAACAAAAAGAAACGAAACAACAACAACCGCCGCGGUAUUUCGUAACGAUUGCGCGGACCAAAGUCGCACGAUCCGUAGUAUAAUAUAAACAACUAACAAUAUCAUCAACCGAGAGUGGAUUUGUCUUCUUCUUUGUGUCUGUGUUUUGUGUUAUCGUUAAAACGAACGAAUUUUCACGUUCGUCCGCAGCAUAUAAACCGCUGGGCACCGCGAAAUCAUCUCAGCCGCGGCUUUCCGACCGUCAGAAUAUCAUCCGGGAGCCGCUCGUCAGAUUCGUUUUCUCGCCCGUCAUCGUCACGUACGAAAUGGCCUCAGCCGCCAGCAAAAAUUUACGUCUGGGAUCGGUACUAAUGUGUCUCUUGUCGGUGGCCGUCAUGACCGUUCGGUGCAAGAAACCCGCCCUGGAAUCCGCGGCCAUACUGGCGCAUCCACCGCAGCAGUUUGUCACGGAUUCCGGUUCGUACACGUCCGGAUACGAUCACUUGGACGUGAAUCACCUGCUGAAAAACGACAAGCUGGUAACCGCGUACAUCGAUUGUUUCCUGAACAAGGGUUCGUGCACGAGGGAAGGCAGACAAUUCAAAGGUAAUCGAUGAUUUUAGUGGCGCGCCCAGGAAUUUUCGACCGGGAGGGGACGUAUAGAAAUCGAUUAAAUACGACUGAACCGUAGAAAAGCCGUUAUAUCUGACCCGAAGACCCGAAUCUAAAAAGAGCCGGUUUUAAUCGAUAAAGCCGUAGAAUUUUUCCACACAUUACUCGGCCGAAAUAUUAUACAAUUUCAGGGUAACGUUGUAUGUUUAUACGAACGGGGAACAGUGGCGUGCGCAAGAGAGGGGAGGUUAUGGUUUAUAUCCCCCUUCCGUUGGUUUGAAAAUAAAACAAAAUAUGAGUAAUCAAAUAUCGAAACUCAUAAAUUUCAGACGAUUUCCAAGGAAAAGCUUGAUAUACUCGUAUUGAUUAAAAAUUGACGUUUUUUGGAUCCGGCUUUUAAAUUACCAAUUCCCAUAUUCGAGUUGAGUAAAGAAGACGAUUUUACUCUUUAUUCAGGAUUUUUAUCUGCUGCAUCCCCUCCUAUUGAAAAUUCCUGGGCACGCCACUGACGGGGAUAGAGGCAUUAUAGCCCUAACCUCCUCCUUGGGCGUGUCACCGUCAACGACAGCUGUCGUCAAGGAUGAUCCGUCGAAGGAGCGCGUGCCAGUGUGACGGAAAUGCCGGAAAUAAUAUACAAAGAAGAAAGGGGGGGAUUGGCGGGAAAAUGAAACGAGUAAAUUCCCCGUUAAGUUUACGUUGAUUAAAUUCGAAUGUUUCGAACGCGGCAAAAGUCCUUUUUAAAAUUGUCACCCGGGAUUCGCAGUUUCAUUUAUGGCAAGCGCUAAAAUGCUAAACAAUUUUAUCGGAUUCUAUAUGGCAGAGACGUCGAGGUUGUUUAGGGAUCCGAAUAGUACAUAAUAGGGCGGUUUUUUUAGAUUCGAAUACAAAUACUAGCGUGACAAUACCAUCGAAUCUCAUUUCAUGAAAAAAAGCAAUACAAAAUUGUCCAGUUUGACAACAUCGAUUUUAUGUGUAUGUAUUUAAUUUGUUUGUACAGUUUUAGCUCUCGCUGAAUAAAAAACGGCAUGAACGUACAUAAUCCGAAUGUAAUAAGAAACACUUAAAGCCUUAUAUUAUGUAUAGUUGAUGAAAAAUAAAUCAAUGUUGUUAAAGUUAUUAGCCGCGAAACGUAAAAAUGUACAAAUGUUGUAAAAUUAAUUUUUUUUUUUAUAAUACAUACAAUUUUUUUUUUAACAAAAUUAUUUUUUCUUAAUCAUUUCUGUAUCUGUUUAAAAAAUUGUGUUUAAUAAGUUAGAGUCGUUAGCCAAUAAACCGAAGUGUAGAAGUACCAUUUGUUCUUAAAUUCGUUCGAAGUGCUUUUGUUCAGGGUUUUUUUUUGACGUUUUUAAUCGUUUUUUCGUGUUUCGUGAAUUUUUAAGUGGAAUAAGUCCCGAGCCCUACGUAUUACAUUCUGAUGGUUUUAUUUUUUUUUGUUCGGCAUUAAACCGUUAUGAAAAUAAAAUACGUCUACCGCUCGUUAACGGGGAAAACGUUUUCUUUUUCUGGUGAAAUGCGAUUCGACGUUAUAUUGUCAAGCAUGCGUACGAAUGAAAAUAAAUGAAGACACGAACGCGGCAAGAACGAAAAUUGUUUUUCGGUCCGCCCUAACAGACGAACACUGAAUUAAUGGAAAAAAAAAAACAAAAAAUCCGUCAUUGACUAUAAUCGCUUGUAUUUUUUUUUUUUUUUUUUGCGUGUGUCGUCCUCACAGCCAACCUGUUGCCCGAAGUGAUACGGACCGUGUGCUCAAACUGUUCGCCCAGACAAAAACAAAUGGCCCGGCAGGUCUUGACGCAUAUCUACAACACCCGGCGGUCGGACUUUGAGCGGAUAAUGGAGAUUUACGGCACGGAACACAAUCGCCAGGAGAUCGUCGAUUUUAUGAACGGACGGGAUCCGGCCGUAGAGUGA